AUGAUACGCUCGCAGAAGUCUCUUAGGUUGUGGGUGGUGAAUUUCCAGAUUCAAAUCAGAAAUCUUGCUGGUACUGGCAUUUUGCUUCUGUCCGCCUCUUCGUCGUGGCAAAUUCAGUCGGCUUCGAGACGCCCUAAGAAAGUCGAGAAGCGCUUCUCACGUGGAGACAGCUUUGUUCAUUGCUUUAGAGGAAUUGAGAGAGAGGAUGAAAUCGGCAAGAAGAGCUCUUACUACGAUAGGUUAGGCUACUGGGACUCCAAGUACACAGAGAUAAAUUUAGAUGAGAGUGUGCGUCAUGGUGUUCUGAUUCCUAAAAUUCCUAUCGAAGACAUUGGCGUUGAAUCACUCAAGGGCAGAAGAAGAAAACAGGAAGAUCGCUUUCUCAUUGAGAAAAUGAGCGAAAAUACGGUUCUAGUAGCCGUUUUCGAUGGCCAUGGAAAUGAUCUGUGCGCAACUUACGCUCGGGAUAAUUUCACGCGGUUCCUUCAGCGCAAUUUGAAACGAAAAUUAAAGAUGCCCGCUGCCCUGAAGAAGACAAUUACAGAUGUCGAUCAAGCAUUUAGCGAGCUAGCGAUUGCCCACUCGAACACUCCCGAGGAUUUUUACGAGGAUAAAAGCAUGCGGGGCCACUCUGAACAGAAACAGCGCAUGGAACGUGAUCCGGCGAAAAGCGGCUCAACUUGCACUGCUGUUGUCAUCGAGGAUGGGUAUGUGAUGACUUGGGCGUGGGUAGGUGACUCUAGGGCGAUCUUGUGUAGAAACGGAGUGCCGAAAAGACUUACUUUCGACCAUUCACUGGAGAUGAGAAACAAUCCUCUAAGAGAAACAGAAUUUGAAAGGAUAACAGCGGCCGGAGCAGAAGUCACCGAGUCCGAUGGCGAGUACCGAGUCCAUGUCCCUGAACACGGCAGCAUAAACAUGACCAGAGCAAUUGGAGAUAUUCAAUUAAAGAAGUAUGGGAUAACAGCUGAGCCGUGUUCGUAUGAGGAACUCCCGAUAGGCGACCCUGAUUAUGCUAGAAUAACAACUGUCAAUCACAACUGCGACGCGUUCCUUGUCCUGCUAUCUGAUGGAGUCUCAGGGCCACUUAGCGUCAAUGAGAUUGUCUCCCAGGUGCUUUCACGUGACCAAGCUAUCGAGUCUGCUAGGCAUUUAGUCGAAACCGCGUUGCACAUGGGCAGUACUGAUAACUGCACGGCGAUUGUAGUUCCACUUGGUGCUUGGGGAAAAUACAGAGAACCAAGCUCGAAUGUCCGAUAUCUUCGCAAUUUCAUAGGAAGCUACAAUCGUUAUUAA